GACCGUGAGAUGAUUGAUGGGGUAUGAAAAAACAAAGUUCUGGUACACAGAUUUUUGGAGCUUUUGGACAUAAUUUUAACUAUUUUGGCCUCAAACAGUUAUUUAAAUGAUCCGUCCCAUUCUUAAAUAUAGUACAGUAGAAAUACAGCAGUUACUCUCCACCACUGCAUUUAUGUAACUCAAUGAAAGUUUAAAAGGAGCUUUAGAGCUGCCAGUGGAAGAAAAAAGUAAGACUGUUUACAGAGUGUGUCUGUGUCUGUGUCUGUUUGUGUUGAAACAGUUACAACAAACAUUAUGAAAUAAACUUUUAUAGCUAUCAGUUACACAACACAGUAGUGAAGAAACACGUACAGGUCGGCUGAUUCGGACUGUUCACUCAUACUCGCGCACACACACACUCACACAUACGCAAGCACAGUGAGAGAGAGACAUUGAAGCAGACAGGUGGAGACCAAGAGCUGAAACAGGAGAAGCUGAACUGAAUCCAGAUCUGAUUGGUGUGAAUGUAGAUCCCGUGUCCACCAAUAGGAAAGCAGCGUUGUGCACAAGUCUCAGGCUCCAUGGCGAUGAAACUCAGUGGAGAGACGACGGAACAGAGGAAAAAGUGCAGAUGAUGUCAAAUGACACUGUCUGACUAUGCUGACAUGGCGGGCUGAACAGCUGAUUGACUUCUAAACAACAAAUCCUGGUUCCUGUCGCUACCCAACCGUCGUCCGUCCAGCCAUGUUGCCGAGGAGGAAGCUGUUUGUUGCCGUGGCGAUCGCUGCCAUCCUUUUCCUGAUGCUCGCCAGUCAGGGCAUCCAGAGGAGACAUUUCCUGCCCCUGUCGUUAUCCCCGCCCACCAUCCGGGCAACGCCUGCCAACAGGGAGACAGUGGUUGAACUCACAGAGCCUCCUGCUGACCUGAACCCUGACCCCCCCAGGACACCCCCUCAUCCCAGCUCCACCCAGCCUGAGGAUGAAGAGGAGCCUGUAGACGACUCCCAGUAUGAACUGAGGUCUUGUGGUUGUUCCAAGUCCUGUAUUUCAGACGUGGGGGUAUCAGACUGGUUCAGCCAACGCUAUGACCCCAAACAGCAGCCCAUCCUCCGAGGCACCAACGACAAGUUUGACCCCGACGCACUCAGAUGGUGGCUGGGUCUUCAGCGGUCUGGUAACGACAAGACCCUAGAGGAAGUGAUGUCAGAGAUGUUCCAGGUCAUUUCCCCACCCACUGUGGACUUGAGGCCCCUCCCCUCACUUUGCCGUAGUUGUGCAGUAGUCGGCAACUCUGGCAACCUGCGAUGGUCCCAACACGGCGACCUGAUCGACUCCCACAACUCCGUGAUCCGGAUGAACAAGGCGGUGACUAAAGGAUUUGAGAAAGAUGUCGGGAAUCGGACUACGCACCACUUCCUGUAUCCGGAGAGCGCGGUGGACAUUGUGCGAGGAGUCAGCCUCGUCCUGCUGCCAUUCAAGCUGAGAGAUCUGGAGUGGCUGACUAGUGCGCUGUCCACCGGCCAGGUCAAAAUGACCUACAUGAGGGUUAAAGAAAGAGUGAAGGCUGAUAAAGACAAGGUUCUGGUGGUGAACCCGGAGUUCUUUAAAUACGUUCAUGAUCACUGGACCGAGCAUCACGGUCGCUACCCAUCCACCGGCAUGCUGGCCAUCAUCUUUGCUCUGCACACCUGUGACCAGGUGUCAGUGUUCGGUUACGGCGCCGACAAGCAGGGGAACUGGCAUCACUACUGGGAAGACAAUCGCUACGCCGGAGCCUUCAGGAAGACCGGCGUCCACAGCGCCGACUUCGAGACACAGGUUAUUCACCAGCUCGCCAGGGAAGGCAAGAUCAGACUGCACCUGUGACACAACCCACCUGCUGACGGACCUGAGGACAAGACCUAGAGACCUGAUUGCAGACUCACAGAUUUGCUGAGUGACAGACCUAUCAACCUGCUGACAGACCCACAGACUGAUCUAUUGACAGACAUCCUUGCUGAACUAUUGACAGACCUGCAGACCAGUGGACUGACCGACAGACCUCCAAACUAAAGUACAGACCUGCUGACUAAUGGACUGUCUGUUGAUUGACUUCCAGACAUACACACCCACAGACUGGUCUAAAGACCUGCAGACCGACCUACAAAGACCUACAGACAGACCUGGAGACAUGCUGUUUUAUGAACUGACCUGCAGAUUGACCUGCAGACUUGAUGACUGUGGACUGACCUACAGACAGACCUGGAGACCUGCUUACUGACCAAUAGAUCAUUCAUCACUUAAUUGAGACCAAGGACCAAGACCAAGACCGGAUGUCAUCUGAUUGUAAAUCCAAAUUGGAGCCAGCUGUGGACCAUAUCUUGCUGCCAGACUGGGACACGUGGACAGGAAUCAGACCUGUGUACUACUUGCACAUUAUGAUCCUCAUCAUGUCUGCCUUGAAUCAAACACAUCCAGCUAUGCUGGAUUGAGGCCGCUAUCGGGCUGAGACAUUUUUAGAUACGUAGAUUAACUGUGGAUGGGGCUUUUGGGGGUGGGAUGAGCUAAGCCUGCCACCCGCAGCUCGUCGAGGGGGUUGGGCCUGGAAUCCAGCUCAACUCGGACAAAUAAAUACUGUUUUUGGGGUCUCUCCACUGUUCACACAAACAGACCGUCCUGCCAACUACGACUGCGUGGAUCGACCACACAAGUUUUGCUCUGAGCGGGAAACAACCACAGAAUUUUUAUAUCUUUUUUAUUGGAUUUUAUAGACAUUAUA